AUGUCCUACUACUUCGCCAUCGUCGGCACGCAAGACAACCCGCUCUUCGAGUACGAAUUCGGCACAUCCAAGCAGGGCGGCGACGGGCAGUCGCGGUUCGGCGAGCAGGCGCGCCACAUGAACCAGUUCAUCGCGCACAGCAGUCUGGACAUCGUCGAGGAGGUGCAGUGGGGGACGGGGCAGAUGUACCUAAAGCACGUAGACAAGUUCUUCAACAGCCACAUCAGCGCCUACGUAACCGCCGGCAACGUCAAGUUCCUCCUCCUCCACCAGCCGCCUCAAUCCACCAACACCACCUCCUCAUCCUCCUCCCACAACACCAACACCACCUCGUCCUCCAACUCCUCGACCGCGCUGUCCGCCGCCGCAAUGAUCGGCGCCGGCCGCUCUUCGUCCACCUCCAUCGCCGCCAACCCGACCAGCCCCCAGACCGAGGAGGCCGUGCGCAGCUUCAUGGCCGAGGUCUACGAGAGCUGGGUCAAGACCAUCAUGAGCCCCUUCUACCGCGUCAACAUGGAGGUCCGCAGCCCCGUCUUCCGCCAGCGCGUCGCUGCCGCCGGCAGGAAGUAUUUAUGA